GUUAGAUCUAGGGCGUUCCUUCCGUUAGUUUAGGAGAAGUAUGAGAACUUUUCGGAUUGGGAGCUGAGCUGACUCUCAGCAACAGUGUCCUCGCCCCUGAUGGAAGGAGAGAGUGGCUCUCCGGCCGGGGAGAACCCUGCCAGGGUCAGCUACAGUGCCGAGACAACCAAUACCCGCUUCCACAUAACCCGGCGAAGGUCGUACCUGGUUGUCGCCAUCCUGUUCCUCAUUAACCUCUUGAACUAUAUGGAUCGCUCCAUCGUUGCAGGUGUCUUGGAUGGUAUUCAGGACUACUUUAAAAUAAACGACUCCUCUGCUGGCCUAUUGCAGACAGUCUUUAUCUGCAGCUACAUGAUAUUGGCUCCUUUGUUUGGUUACCUGGGUGAUCGAUACAACCGGAAGAUCCUCAUGUCCAUUGGAAUACUCGUUUGGUGUGCUGUGACACUGGCAGGAUCCUUCGUCACGAAGUCUGUAUGCCAACUUAGCUUUAUUUUAAUGAAUUACUCGUCAAGGUUUGAGACAGUGAAUGAAAUCCUUUUGUAUUAA